ACUGCCUGCCUGACUGGGGUGGGCGAGUCGGCAGCGAGGCGGGUCUCGCUCACGCACGGGCUCUCCACGGCGGAGUCGCGCGCGCGGGAGGGAUCGCCAGCCACGAGCAUGGCGGCGCCCGCCUCGCCGUCGCGCGAGGAACUCAUCUACACCGCCGAGCUCUCCGAGGAGGCGCAGCGCUACGACGACAUGUUGCAGGCCAUGAGUUGUGUCGCGAGGUUGGGUACAGAGCUCACACUUUUGGAGAGGGGCCUCUUCUCUAGGGCCUACCACUAUGUCAUUGAUGAGAAGUGCAAGGCAAGGCGUAUCCUUGCUUCCUUUCAGCUCCAGGAGAGGAAGAAGGGUAACCUCAAAGCCGAGAAGGCAGCUAUGGAAUUCCGCCUCAAGGUCGAGGCUGAGAUAGAAGAAGCCUGCUACCUUGUGGUCAACAUCAUUGACAAACAACUUCUCCCAGUAUCCUCAAGUUCUGCUGACAACUUGGUCUUCUACCACCAAAUGAAGGGGAACUGCUACAGGACUCUUGCUAAGGUGAAGGAUGCUGCUCUUGGUUUUAGGAAGAGGAACCGCUAUGGGACUUUUGCUGAGUUGAAGAAUAGGGCUGAAAGGCUCGAAGUAUCCGAACAAUCAUUGAAAGCUUACAAUCUUGCAAGGGAAGUAGCAACGGGAAACCUAUGUCCAACAAAUCCCAUUCGGUUGGCUCUGGUUCUAAAUGUUUCUGGUUUCUUUUACCAUCUCCUGCGCUCACCUGAGAGGGCUUACCAAAUUGCAAAACAAGCUCUUGGUGAUGCUGAAUCAGAGCUCGAAUCAGUUGGCGGAGACUCAAAGGCUGCAAGCAUGCAUACCAAAGAUUUCAUGGGUCUUUUGAGGGACAGACUCGCGCUCUGGAAUUCUGAAAAGGAAAAUGGUAAUGAUGAAGGGAUCGGAAUUGGGCAUAAGGAUGCAGAAGACACUACUGAAUCAUCCAAGGCAGACGAGCAGCAGUCAGAUGGCCGUGUGAUGGGUCAUGAAGAAAAGCUCAAAGAGGCUGAGCAGCUACCGGAGAUUAGUGAUGAAGACGAUGAUAUGUACCGGAUGGCACGUUGCACGUCAGGAAAGAACAUGACUAGAACCCAGAGGCUGAUUUGGUGUGCCUUGGACAGGUGCACGACCAAAAAAGUGCCUAAAUGAGUAAGUUGCAUGUCAGGAUGCUAAGCAAUUUUGCCUCACCUAGCUACCGUAGUUUGCCAUGACCCCAUGCAUAUACCAGAGUUGAGAGAUAGCUGACUCUCGUCCCAGCUGACAGAGUUUGAUGCACACACACUAUAUGCUAGCCGUUACAUACAUGUGGUGUACGCGUCAGUGAUGCGUACGAGGAAGAAAGGCAGGCUAAUAUUCG